UUUGAUAAUGGCGACACCCACUGAGGAUACAGAAAACUACGAUGAUUUAUUGACGUGUACAAUUUGUUUAGAAACUUUCAAAGUUCCGAAGUAUCUACCAUGUCUUCAUACGUUCUGUGAAUCGUGUAUAAAUACCUACAUUGUGUCAUCUGUGGAAAAGGGAAAGAUAACCGAAGGAUUUACAUGUCCUGUUUGUCGAAAAAUUGUAUCAGCAGUGGAAACAUUGGAAAGACCAGAAUUAUGGGCGACCACGUUGCCUACCAAUCAUUUUGUAACAUCAAUGUUAGAUAAACGAGCAAUACAAAAGGCAGAGAAAAUGUGCAAUUCGUGUCAGUUAAACAAAGAAAGUACAAAAGCGAAAAGCUGGUGUACGAUUUGUGAGGAGGCGUUCUGUGAACAGUGCGAAAAAUGUCACAAAAACUUUAAGAUGUCAGCAAGACAUAAACUUCUAAACAUUCAAGAAAUGCAGUCCGGUAAUACACCUUUUGAAGUAUGUGAGGUACAAAGCUGUGACGAGCAUCCAGGAAAGAUCAUAGAAUUUUAUUGUUUGGAUCAUUCUCAACCUUGCUGUACGUCGUGCGCUACACUUUCACAUCGUAAAUGUAAAAAUGUUACUUCAAUCCAAAAAGCCGCUUCGGGUAUCAAACAGUCAACGAAAGCGUCUGGUUUAUCACAAAAACUAAGAGAGCACGUGAUUCAGAUAGGUGAAAUUAUUAAUGAUCGAAAUAAGAAUUUAGCUGAUGUUGAGACUUCAACAGAAGAGAUUAAGACAAAAGUGACUGAUAUAAAGACUGAAAUUUUAAAGCAAUUAUAUCGAAUAGAAGAAACCCUGUUAACCGAGUUGACCUCAACCAAGAAGCAAGUUGAAAUAGAAGUAAAAGACGAAGUAGGUAUGCUUUCAUCUUAUAGUAGCGCUGUUAAAAAAUGGAAAACAGUGAUCGACAGUGUUCUUGAACAUGGGUCCGAGGAGCAAUGUCUGAUGGAAAUUAAUAAAAUCGAACCUAAAAUAUCAGAACUUGAACAAGAAAUUGAAGAUUUGGUGAAAAAUAUAAAGAGUGUAUCAGUUGUUUUUAGUCCUUCUCCCCCUAUUACAGAUUUUAUCAAGAAUGCCCAGACGUUUGGAAGAAUUAAAGUUGACAAAUCCGCUGUUAGUUCUUUGAAUGCAAAAGCAACUAUUCCAGUCAUAAUGAGUUUCGAGGACUCUGUAUUUGACUGGUUAAAUUAG